CGCGUCUUUCUCCCCGCACUCGCUGCCGUUGUCACUCUCUCUCUCUCUCUGUGUCUGUGGCCUACCAACACUUCAAUGAGAUUUCUUAAUUGUUUUCCCUGUUUCUUCUCUGACCAAUCAAUCUCGUGGAGAUAAGUGCUGCUGAAACCUGUCGCCGGUUCGGAAUAAUCUUUCCAUCGAUUUUGGCGCGUCUUGAGCGAAGGAUAGUCAUUUUUUAGACGAGAAUCGAAGGAAAAUGGGGCUGAUUUCCGGGAUUUUCUUCGGUGUGAUAUUCGGCAUCGCUCUAAUGGCUGGUUGGAGUCGCAUGAUGAGACACCGCACCUCCAAGCGAGUCUCGAAGGCUGUUGAUAUGAAACUUCUAGGCUCGCUUAGCAGAGAAGAUCUGAAGAAAAUUUGUGGUGAUAAUUUUCCUGGAUGGAUAUCAUUUCCAGCCUUUGAACAGGUUAAAUGGCUGAAUAAACUACUGAGCAAGAUGUGGCCAUACGUCGCAGAGGCAGCGACUCUGGUGAUAAGAGAAUCUGUUGAACCGUUGCUGGAAGAAUACAGGCCUGUAGGUAUUACUUCACUGAAGUUUAGCAAAUUGACUUUGGGAAAUGUAGCACCAAAAAUUGAAGGUAUUCGUGUUCAAAGUCUCAAGGAAGGUCAAAUCACAAUGGACAUUGAUCUUCGAUGGGGUGGUGAUCCAAACAUCAUUUUAGGUGUUACAGCAUUAGUUGCUUCCAUACCCAUUCAGUUGAAGGAUCUUCAAGUUUUCACAGUUGCACGUGUCAUCUUUCAACUUGCUGAGGAGAUUCCCUGCAUUUCUGCUGUUGUUGUUGCUCUACUUGCUGAGCCAAAACCUAGAAUUGAUUACACUCUCAAGGCAGUUGGUGGAAGUUUAACAGCCAUUCCUGGGCUCUCUGAUAUGAUUGAUGAUACUGUCAAAUCUAUUGUCGAAGAUAUGCUUCAGUGGCCUCAUAGAAUCGUUGUCCCACUUGGUGGUAUUCCUGUGGACACGAGCGAACUGGAGCUUAAACCACAAGGGAAGUUGACAGUAACAGUAGUCAGAGCAAGUAACUUAAAGAACAUGGAGUUGAUUGGAAAAUCUGACCCUUAUGCCGUGGUAUAUAUUCGGCCUGUAUUCAAGUAUAAAACAAACACCAUUGAGAACAACCUGAAUCCAGUUUGGGAUCAAACAUUUGAGUUGAUAGCAGAAGACAAAGAAACCCAAUUUCUUACUGUAGAGGUUUUUGAUAAAGACGUUGGUCAAGACGAGCGUUUGGGACUUGCAAAACUGCCUCUGAUCGGGCUGGAAGCUGAGGUUGCGAGGGACUUUGAACUCAACCUGCUGGCUUCACUUGAUACUUUGAAAGUGAAGGACAAAAAAGAUAGAGGAAGUAUAACCCUUAAGGUGCAUUAUCACGAGUUUAACAAAGAGGAGCAGUUGGCUGCACUGGAAGAGGAGAAGAGGAUACUGGAGGACAGGAAGAAACUGAAGGAGGCAGGGGUAAUAGGUAGCACUAUGGAUGCAGUGGGAAUGGUGGGUAGUGGGAUAGGUGCGGGUGUAGGAAUGGUGGGAACGGGGAUUGGGGCGGGAGUAGGGUUGGUGGGAACGGGCCUUAAUUCUGGAGUCGGGAUUGUGGGGAGUGGGCUUGGAGCUGUUGGAAGCGGACUGAGCAAAGCCGGGAAAUUCAUGGGUAGAACCAUAACAGGUCACUCCAGUAAACGCAGCAGCGGGUCCUCCACACCUGUGAAUAGUGUCCAAGAGAACGGUGGUGCAAAGCCUUUAAAGCAGUAGUUAGCAGUUCUCAGCAACUUUCUUUCCCUUUCUGGCUCUGGUCAUACAGUUACUAAAAACUCACUUCUUUUUCUUCUCUUUUUGUUACCAAGCUUGUUUCUUUUGGAUUCUCUGAGUAAGUUGAAAACAUUUGCUCGAGUUUGGUUUUUCGUCACCAACAUAGCAUAUUCUUUUGUGUUUAUUAUAGAUAAUUAUGGGGAACUCGCAUGAUUA